ACGAAGCCAUAGCAACGCGGUGCAUCAACAUACGGAUCCGACGUGUCCAGUCACCAUUGACUUUGAUUCUCGCAACAACAACCACACGCAGAGGAGGAAGAAGUCCAAAGUGAAGCGGAAGAAGAAAGAUUGUACGUGGUACAUUAGUUGCUAAUAUCGCUUUGCUUUGCUUGCUAAGCAAUUUGCACUGAGGCAGGAUAGCGGAUCAGCGACCUCACCGGUAUUCUACAAGACUAAAUCAGCGAAGAAGUAUGGAUCAGGUUCAGACUGAGCUGGCUGAGAUGAGGGCGAACAUGGCCCAAUUUUUGACGAUGAUGCAAGGGGUUGCUCAGGGUCAGGAGGAACUCCGUGCUUUGGUUCAGAGACAGGAAACGGUUAUUCAGGCGUCUAACCGUGGUUCACCCGUUGCUCCACCCGGUUAUGAGAAUGUCAACGUUGCUGCUGCUCCUGUUCAUGGUUAUGCCACUGGAGAUGAACUUAGGGGAAUAAGAGUUGAUGGUCAACCUCUUGCUGCAGAGGUCAAUGUUAGGUCCACCCGGACUCCGGCGCGUCAUCCAGCUCUUCUUGUUGACAGACAAGAGGACAUGUUCACGAUGAUGAGUGAGGAUGAUGGUGAUGUUGCUAGAAUGGAAGAUAGGGAUCGUAAGGUCGAUGCCCUGGCUGAAAAGGUCCGGGCGAUGGAAUGCCAGAACUCUCUUGGGUUCGAUGUCACGAAUAUGGGGUUGGUCGAAGGUCUGAGGAUUCCCCACAAAUUCAAAGCACCCACCUUUGACAAAUACAACGGUACUUCUUGCCCUCGCACCCAUGUGCAGGCUUACUAUCGGAAGAUCUCGGCAUAUACAGAUGACGAGAAAAUGUGGAUGUACUUCUUUCAAGAUAGCCUAUCUGGGGCAUAUUUGGAUUGGUACAUGGAACUCAAGCGGGAUUCUAUCCGAUGUUGGAGGGAUCUGGGAGAAGCUUUUCUCAGGCAAUAUAAACACAACAUGGACAUGGCACCGAGCCGGACUCAGCUGCAGAGUCUGUGCCAGAAAAAUAAUGAAAGCUUCAAGGAAUACGCCCAGAGGUGGCGUGAGCUUGCUGCCAGAGUUCAACCCCCUAUGCUGGAAAGGGAGUUGACGGAUAUGUUCAUUGGCACACUUCAGGGAGUGUUCAUGGACCGAAUGGGGAGUUGCCCAUUCGGAAGCUUUUCUGAUGUUGUUAUCUGCGGUGAAAGAACCGAGAGUUUGAUCAAGGCCGGGAAGAUCAACGAUGUGGGUUCCUCUUCAUCAAAGAAACCUUUCUCUGGGGCACUUCGCCGUAGAGAAGGUGAAGCCAGUGCUGUUCAGCACCGCCGUGGUCAGAACAGAAAUCAGCAUCAGUACAGACAGGUUGCUGCAGUGACCAUUCCUGCUCCUCAACAGCGUCAACCUCCGCAACAACCAAGACAACAACAACAGUAACAACGUCCUUAUCAGCCAAGGCAGAGGCUGCAGUCUGAUAGAAGAUUUGACCCGUUGCCCAUGACAUAUGCUGAGCUUCUGCCUGAGUUGCUCAGAUUGGGUUUCGUGGAAUUGAGAACGAUGGCUCCGCCAACUGUUUUGCCACCCGGGUAUGACGCCAAUGUCCGGUGCGAUUUCCAUUCAGGGGCACCAGGGCAUAAUAUAGAGAAGUGUCGGGCUUUUCAGCAUAAAGUCCAAGAUUUGAUCGAUUCUAAGGCGAUCAACUUCUCCCCUGUGCCGAAUGUUGUGAACAACCCUAUGCCUGCGCAUGGUGCUCAUAGGGUAAACUGUAUUGAAGGGGUUGAAUCCGAAGAUCUGGUGAUCCGUGUGGAUGAGAUUCAGACUUCUCUGUUGGUUGUCAAAGACCGUUUGCUAAAAGCUGGUGUUCAUCCGGGUUGUGAUGAAAAUUGUUUGGGCUGUGCAGAGUCAGCUAAUGGGUGUGAUCUGUUAAGGGCUGGUAUCCAGGGUUUGAUGGAUCAGGGUCGUGUUCAGUUUGGUAGGGCCGAUAAUAGAGAUCAUGGGGCAGUGUCUACUGUCACUAUCUUCUUCAAACCAGCUGAAGGGCGUGCGCCUACAACAAGUGAUAAUCCAGUUACCAUUUCUGCACCAGUCGCUACCAAUACUCCGACAACAAUCGUCGCUCCGGUUAGAAGAGCCGUGGACAAUAAUGUUGUGCCUUGGAGGUAUGACAAUGCCUACCGAAGCAACAGGAGGGCUGAAAACAGGGCCAAGCCUUCAAAUCAAGCGCCCGUGACAAUUUAUGCACCUGCCAGUAAAGCUCCGGUCGUUGCGAGUCCUGCUGUGGACAAUGUGGGUGGACCAGGAGGCUUUACCCGCAGCGGACGGCUGUUUGCGCCUCAACAGUUGAGGGAUGCCAAUGCUGAGGCAUCUGCUAAGGCUAAGGGCAAACAGGCCGUUGUUGAUGAAGUCCCUGCUCAAGCGAAUGUGCCUGGUGGCUCGUUUGAGAAGGAUGUGGAGGAAUUCAUGAGGAUAAUCAAAAAGAGUGACUACAAGAUCGUAGAUCAGCUCAAUCAAACUCCCUCCAAAAUCUCCAUUCUUUCUCUGCUGUUGUGCUCUGAGGCACAUAGAGACGCCUUGCUGAAGAUGUUAAAUAUGGCGUAUGUACCUCAGGAGAUUUCUGUCAAUCAACUUGAAGGUGUAAUUGCUAAUGUGAGUACCCGACACGGUGUGGGGUUCACAGAUCUUGAUUUGACACCUGAGGGGCGGAAUCACAACAAGGCCUUGCACAUCACUAUGGAGUGCAAGGGGGAUGUGCUGUCACAUGUCUUGGUUGACACCGGUUCUUCGUUGAACAUGCUGCCUAAGCAGAUCUUGAAGAAGAUACCGGUCGAAGGGGUUGUGCUGACGCCGAGUGACCUAGUCGUUCGUGCAUUUGAUGGAUCCAAGCGUUCCGUCUUUGGUGAAAUCACUCUGCCUAUAAGGAUAGGUCCGGAGGAGUUUGACAUUGUCUUCUAUGUCAUGGACAUCCAGCCUGCUUAUAGUUGUCUUCUGGGGCGUCCAUGGAUCCAUGCAGCAGGAGCAGUCUCAUCGACUCUCCACCAGAAGCUCAAAUACGUCUGGAACGGUCAGAUUGUGACCGUGUGCGGUGAAGAGGACAUCCUGGUGAGUCAUCUGUCCUCAUUUAAAUAUGUCGAGGUGGAUGGCGAGAUCCAUGAAACUUUGUGCCAGGCGUUUGAGACAGUGGCUCUUGAGAAGGUGGCCUACGCUGAGCAGAAGAAGCCAGGUGCUUCAAUCACUUCUUACAAGCAAGCUAAGGAGGUGGUUAACUCUGGUAAGGCCGAGGGAUGGGGCAAGAUGGUGGACUUGCCUGUCAAAGAAGACAAAUUUGGCAUUGGUUAUGAGCCUCUCCGAGCAGAGCAGGGGGCAGCAGGUCCGAGUACCUUCACCAGCGCUGGGCUGAUGAAUCAUGGGGAUGUCUUUGCUACUGAGGGUGAAGAUGUCGGCAGUGAUUGUGAUCUUGACUGCUGGGUUCGCCCGAGUGCACCAGGGGAAGUGAUCAGCAACUGGACGGCAGAGGAUAUAGUCCAAGUUACUCUUCAUACAGAGUAAUUUUCUUUUGUUUUUUCAUUCUGCACCAAAACCCUACGUUCUGCCCAAGGCGUAGUGGUUCAUUGUAGGGCCACAUGUUUUCAUUGUUUAUCAUUAAUA